ACGCAGACACCUACAUUCCAAUCAAGAAGAGAGUCGAUCAUUUGACCACGAGAAGCAAUAUCUACGAACAUCGUACAGGAACGUUUCAGAUCCGUUGGUCAAGCAGCCUCUAAAGCGAUAAAGGAAGGGCAGGAAAACGCUGUAUCAAGAUGCAAGUUGCAUUUCUUUAUUUUGCGAUCGCAUAUGUCUUCUUUCACACGGUAGUGACCGCGGAACAAACACUGGCAAAACAAAACGAUCCUUGUCGGAACGUUUUCUGCACCAAAGGGCGCAUGUGCGUCGUAAACGAAGACCGUUCCACUAAGUGUGUGUGCCCAGACUCCUGUCCUGACGAGUACAAUCCUGUGUGCAGCGUGUACCUGAGAGAAUUCAGCAACACGUGUGAACUACACAAGUUUGCUUGUCGCAUUGGUAUCAUGAUGGGAAUUGAACGGAGAGGAAAGUGCGAUGUUAAAGGAAGUGGUUGGGAGCCGUGCCCAGUCUCCCGUCUUCUGCAGUUCCAUGAUCGAUAUCUGGAGUACCUGAUGGUGGCAAGAGAACUGGAACUGAACCCAGACUUUACACUAGGAUCGAAAAGGCUCGAUUCGUUGACGUAUGAGGAACGCCAGGCAGUCAUCGAGUGGGAAUUUUACAGCCAGGAUAAGAACCAUAACGAUAUUCUUGACGAAGACGAGAUCGAGUCAAUGAUCGACCGAGAUGAAGACUGUAUGGUCGGAUUCAUGAAGUCGUGUGACUACGAUCAUCAAAAAGGAAUUAGCAUUAGGGAAUGGAACACUUGCUUCCCGCCAGUGGCCGUCGAAGCCAGCCGGGAGUCUGUGGCAUGGUAAAAUACAAGAAAUGCAGAAUAGAUUUAAGGCUGGAGGAGAGAACAAAAACGAAAGUGAAGCAAGAAGACCUGUAAUUAAUUUUUACUGUCGAAAGGGUUAUUCUUGUCAGGUUUAAGUACGUAGUCAAUAAAGAAUUUUAAAAACUGUAA